UUGCGCACGGACGGUCGGGUGUGGAAUCAACUCAGAUCUUCCCGUUUGAGCUUGACGCGUUGGGAGAAUGGCGCAACUUGCACCACGCAGUGGGGCAAAGGGACACGGGUUUCUUGUACGUGUACGGCCGAGCUGCUACCGCCGAAUCCGGAUCGUCCCAACGAAGGUAUGGUAGCCUUGAGUGUGGACUUGUCGCCCUCGGCUUCGACCGCAUUUCGACAAGCUGCACCCGUCACGACGGGAGGGUCGAUUCUGCGAUCCUUGGAGAGGGUUCUAUUGACCGGAGGCGCCCUCGACACGGAGGCCUUGUGUGUGACUCCGCAGUACUGGGUUUGGAAGCUGUCUCUCGCGGUUACAGUUCUAGAUGACGGCGGGAAUUUGAUGGAUGCCAGUGUUCUGGCGGCUUUGGCCGCUCUCCGGCAUUAUCGAAAACCCCACGUCGAGCUGGCUGCUGAAGGGUCUAACUCCGGUGUACCGCCGCGUUGGAUUCAGUCCGACUUGAAGGAACCAGUGCCACUACCACUCCAUCAUACGCCCCUUUCUAUCAGCUUUGCACUUCUGCCGCACGAUACCGCAGCCCAGUCCACUGCCUCUGCGAAAGUUACCCUUUUGGUGGAUCCGGAUGCCCGGGAAGAACUAGUCAGCGUAGGCACGCUGUCCAUCGCCAUGAACGUGCACGGCGAAGUCUGCUUAUUAGAUUUUGGCGGUGGCUGUGAACUGGCAACAGAAAGGUUACGCGAAGCCUAUCGACUUGCAGCGCAGCAUGUUCAAGAUUUGUGCCAAGCUUUGGAAACGUCUCUGCAACAA